AUGGAUGGCAGCUCGACUUCAACUGAGAACAGUGAUGCUGCAGGCAGCGCUCAGAUUCUUGUAGACGUUGAAGCAAAGUCAAAGGCCAAGGCCAAACCCAAAGCAAAAACAGUGCGGGCUGUCCAGCGCAGUGUAGCUGACAAGUCAACCAAUUCUCAGCAGAAUUUCUUGCUGACAUUCCAGCAGAAAUUGGACAAGGCAAUUGAGUUUGGCAAAGGUUGCCUGUCAUGUGGCCAAGAUUGUUUGGACAGGGUCAAAGCAUUUCGUUCAAAGUUGUGUGAUUGGCGAAGGGAAUUUCAGGGUCUCACCUCUGAUGUCCAAGAUCGUGAGCUGCUGUGGGUUUUUGGUCGGAGCCGCCCAGAGCAGCAAGAAGGAGCAGAGCCAGCGUUGAGGCCGAGGCAGCCAUCUGAAGGUUCAUCAACAGAAACUGAAAAAUCUCCAAAUGACAAUGGGCUGGAAGUGGUGAGCACUUCUACUUCUGGGAGUGACCAAGAGGCAUUGAAUUUGACAUGCGAUACAGAUGUUCCGAAAUCUCUGAGCAAACCAGGUCUUGCUCAUGCCUCAGGAAAGCGGAAGUACACUGCACGCAAGACAAAGAGCAAGACCCUGUCAGUUAACCUCAAGGGCGUCGUGUGUGAGGAGAACUGUUUUGUUUGCGUGGGCUCUGCAAAAUUUUUGCUGGGAAUUGGUUCAGGCCGCUAUGCCAGAGUUCUUGGAGGCCAUGCAGAUCAAAGAAAGAAAGGAAACAGGCUUCCUCAGGCACCUCACCACAAGCAGCUGGAUAUAUGUAUGAGAUUUCUUCAACUGCGAUAUCACCAUGACGGUGAAAGUUUGCCAGACAGAUUCCAUUUUGAGGAGGUACCAUCAUUGCAACGGCCAUCAUUUCUUGUCACAGCAGUGAGUGACAACAAAGCACCUGCAGCAGAAAGCAGUUCCGAUUCAGCUUCCAGCUUGUCACAAGCUCAAUGGGACGAGCAGGACUCGCGAAAGCUGGCAACUUUGUCGCUCAGGCAACUGCUCACAGACACCCCGUUCAACAAUUCACUGACAGGCCCAGGAGCAGGAGCAGCUCCGCGCCGAUGGCUUGGCGUGGUCAAGCCCCAGAUCUUGUUCGAGAUGAUGCAACGGUGGCAUAAGCAGAACAGUCCUGGAAAGACAGCACCAUCGUUUACAACUUUCCAACGUGCCCUUCGACAAUCCAAACAAUUCUUGGCCUUUCGGAAGGCUUCAGGACAACACGCAGUUUGUGACCAAUGCACUUGGUUCAAGCGUGAGCUGAAAAGAGUGAAAGCUCUUCAUCUGCGGAGCAGACUCAUUCAGGAUUACUCUGAACAUCUCCUGCAGAACUGGCGUGACAGAGCGGCAGACAGUGCAUGGACAGCGUUGGCCUUUGAAACCAGAGCAUUGAGUGUCACAUCAGAUGUUCGAAGUCAUCCGUCAUCUGUCCUUGUCAUUCGUUCAGACGGACUGGAUCAAGCUAAGCACAAAGUGCCCCGAGCACAUAUCAAGUCAAAGACGUUUGAUGAACUCAUCCGUCCAGCGUGUCACGUGCAGAUGAUCUGGAUUCAUGGUCAUGGCUUUAGCCUAUCCAUUGCAGACCCUGACUUUUGCAAGGACACCAACAACCAAGUCGACUCACUGGCCCGGUGUUUGUGUUGGGUGCAUGACACUGUGGGACUUCCUCGGCAAGUCUUUUUGUUGCUCGACAACACUUGUCGUGACAACAAAAACUCAAAAAUGAUCCGGUGGUGGUUGAAGCUAGCAGCAUUGAACAUCAUUGAUUCUUGUAACAUUGGUUUCCCUCAGAAAGGACACACUCACAACUGCCUGGACGCAGUGGGUGGACAAGCUGUGACCCGAUGUUCCCAUGAGACAUUCGAGACUGCCCAGGAGCUUGUCGAAGUAUACCAGCGCUUUCUUGAUGAUGCUUCUCUGGAAACGUCUUGCUACUUCCGUAAAGCAUGGAAGCACGACUCAAGCCCAGAUUGGGAGAAGUGGCUUGCAGAAAUGCCAGUCAACAUGACUGGCUUGACAGGCCCCAAGGCCCCACACCUGUUCAGGAUCUUGAGACGAAAGAUGUUGUCAGUGAAAGAUUUGGACAGCCUUCAGUAUGAUUGUGAACCAGGUCAUCCAGAAGAUAUUAUGCUUCUAUGUCAUAUGUAUGAAUCUUCACCGAAACCCUUUCAAGCAGAGGUGGCUAUCCGAGCAGAAUCUUUGCCAGGGCUUCAUUCACGGCUUACAUGGCAGCCAUCUGGAGAGCACCAGCGCAGGCAUGUGGCUUGGGCGAUUCGCAACAAAGUGAAAGUGAAGGCAGAUGCUGCACUUCAGAAGCAGGCUAUCAGCCCGAAAGCUCAUGCCUUCCUUAGUGGAUGGAUCACUGGGACGCUGAGACGAGAACCGCAUCCAGCACGGUACUCCUUUUUGGAGCCAGCUGCAUAUCAGUCACCUGUCCCUUCAGCACCUGUCAACCGCAACCCGUUUCGACAGACGGUGCCACGACCAAUCCAGAUUAUUCAAACAGAUGGUUCACAUAAUGAUGCAGCAGAUGAGGAAGAUGAUGCUGAAUGUGUUGUCAUGCAGGAUAAUGGCAUCCACGUAGAGGAGACUUUGCCGUGA